AUGCCAACUUUAAGAUUAGGUUCCACUGCUCCAGAUUUCCAAGCUCAAACUACUAAUGGUCCUAUUAGUUUCCAUGAAUACAUUGGUGAUAACUGGGCAAUCUUGUUUUCUCAUCCAAGUGCAGAGACACCUAUUUGUCUGACUGAAUUACCUGCUUUUGCCAAGUUGGAACCAGAAUUCACCAAGAGAGGUGUGACCUUAGUUGGUUUAUCUGUUGAUCCAGUCGAAGCCAAUUCCAAAUGGAUUGAUGAUAUGGAAGAUAUUAGUGGUACCAGAGUUAAAUUCCCAAUCAUUUCUGAUUUUGACAGAAAAGUUUCCGUUUUGUAUGACAUGCUUGACCAUCAAGAUGUUACUAAUGUUGACAACAAAGGUUUACCAUUGACUGUUAGAUCAGUUUUUAUUAUUGACCCAAAGAAAACUAUUAGAUUAAUUUUAACUUACCCAGCUUCUACCGGUAGAAACACUGCUGAAGUUUUGAGAGUUGUUGAUUCUUUACAAACUGGUGAUAAACACAGAAUUGCUACUCCAAUCAAUUGGGUUCCAGGUGAUGAUGUUGUUGUUCCAGUAUCUAUUCCAGAUGAUGAAGCUAAAACUUUAUUCCCAAAGUUCAGAGCUAUCAAACCAUACUUGAGAUUAACUCCAUUGGAUGUCAAGGAUGAAUCCAAAUAA